AUGACUUCCCUCCUGCAGGAUAAACUUUAUGAGAUCCAGAGUCAGGCUCCUUCUCCCAGCAAAGACUUCCAUCACUUUACCAUCACAAAGACAGAGGUGAUCUGGAGAUCAUGGAGGAUUUCCUUUCGGCCUAAUCAAGAAAAGCUUUUCCCAAAGGAAGUGAGGAAACCCCACAGUGAUUUUUUGCUGAAUGAACAGUUACACAAGCAAGUGCAGAAUAUCUUUGGCUACAAGAUGCUGGAAUACACGCUGAAUUUGUGUCAGGGAUGUUACGAUUUCCUAACUCGAAUGCCUGAUAACCUGAUUAUGCACAUCCUGUCCUUUCUUAAUGCAGAUGACAUCAGACAGCUGUCAAAAACUUGCAAGAAGUUUCAGCAGUUAUGUAGCAGUGAAGAACUUUGGGAAAGAAUUAGACUGCUACAAGAUAAACACACUCAUGAUCUGAAGAUUAUGAGGUUCCCAGUUUACAAGAAGCUAAUGUACUUCAAUCAAAAGCCCAGUCAUCAGAAACAGAUGCAAAGACGACAGACCACAUUCUUCUAAAACUGUUUGGCAAUUAUCAGACUAGACUGACAGACCACACAUCUUUUUUCAUAUUAUGUUGAUAUUGUUAUUAAAAGUCUAUUGUGAAGAUCAAGAGAAUUAUAAUAAGUAAAUAUGAAUUGUCUCUAGAAGUUUAAGAGAUCACAGAGCUUUCCUUUCAUAAAUUAAAACUGAAAGGAGUGGAUUUAAAAAUCUUUAUUACAAAUAAUUCAUCAGAAAAAGAUUAGUGAUUUUUAUACCUUU